AUGGCGGACCACCGAGAACCUCAAUAUGAUCCUUAUAUUCCCAGCGGAGGAGCUGCUGGUGCAGGUGCAGGAUCUCAACAAGCAGGAGGCAAUCAGAGGACGGCGGCAUUACAAGCUACUAUCGAUGAUACCGUCGGUGUAAUGCGCGAGAACAUCAACAAGGUCUCGGAACGUGGUGCUCAUUUAGAUUCUCUUCAAGAUAAAACCGAUAGUCUCGCAGUUUCAGCGCAAGGUUUUCGUCGUGGAGCUAACAGAGUCCGCAAACAAAUGUGGUGGAAGGAUAUGAAGAUGAGGAUGUGUUUGAUUGCAGGCAUUAUCAUCUUAAUCAUUAUCAUCGUAGUUCCUGCUGUUGUUGCUACCAAGCAUUAA